UACAACAAAUGUCAAAGUUUAGUCAAUAAAUAUGAAUUUAUAUGGCUACUUUUAUUACGUCACCAACACUGUUUUUCGUCAGACCUGCACUUUUUGAGAAAUAUCCGUAGAAAGAACAGCUAAACAUUCAGAGGUCCAGUUUACAGUUCAAAGCGUGACAUCUAUUUCAUGAGCUGAAUACAAAAUAGACUUGUGUCUCGUUCAUCACUCCGGAAGUAGCACUAAUAAGCAACACUGUAUGUAAUGUAUAUUAUAAAUUCAUGGAGCGCGUUAAUAACUGUUGUUGGAAUUUUGAGUUUCCAUUCUACCAAUGCACAGAUAAAGCCAGGAGGAAUAAUGACACCAAAAUUUAUGAACAAAAUUCUAAAGUUACAUAAUGACUACCGGAGAAGUGAAGGAGCAUCAAAUAUGAAACAACUGAGAUGGAGUCGAAAAUUGCAGAAUGAUGCUCAAGCCUGGGCUGGUAAAUGUAGAUAUGCACAUGCAUAUGGUAAAUGGGGAGAGAACGUAUUUAAAGCUGAAUCUUUUUUGCCUGAUGAUGUUCUUAUAGAACGGGCUAUCAGUGAAUGGUACUUUGAAAAGAUGAGCUGGAAAUUCACACCUGAUUGUUCAGAAGCUUGUCAUUACACACAGGUUGUUUGGGCAGAAUCUGAAGAAAUAGGAUGCGCCUUCAAACGUUGUACAACUUUAUUUUUGGCAGAAGAGUUUAUACCAAAUGGUUGGAUGUUGGUUUGUUAUUACAAUCCACAAGGAAAUAUAAUAGGACAGAUGCCCUAUACUCAUGGUAAACCAUGUGGUGCUUGUAAACCGGGAUAUUCAUGUAGCCGGACACUUUGCGGUAAAGGAGCAGCGGCAGAACGGUAUAUGCGUCAUAAUAAUCCACGCCCAGUACCUCCUCAUAAUACUAGACCAAAACCAGCACCUAGAGUUAACCGGGCACCACCACCUCCAACACAACUCAGACACACCUCCCAUUCAGCUCAUCCUCACGCAAACAGACAAAAAUCAGGUCCAAACGCUCAACCACCUCCUGGGUACAGAUACCAACCAGCGGCCAAUCAUCCAUCGAGACCAGCAAUAAAUCAACAACCAAGACCAGCAGCUCAUCCUCCGCGACAACCAACUCAACCUGGUCGACAACCAGCGCAUCCUCCACGGCAACAACUGCAUCCUCCGGGACCACCUCAUAAUCCGGGAGCACCUGUUGGUCAAUAUCAGCCACAACCAUAUCAAAGUCAAAAACGAGCUCACCCACCUCAGCCUCAAGCAACCGCUCAAGUUCAGUAUAUAUCGGGAAAAGUCCUAACCGGUUGGAUGCCAGUAAAGACACCACCAAAAUCAAACAACAAUCAAACAAGUUUUCUUCCAACUCCAGUUUUGUCUGGAAAUACAAUUAUCAAAAGUGUGAAACCUGUACCAACAAAACCACGACAAGAGCAAAAUCCAUAUUCAGGUGGGCGUUCGGCACCUUCAACUCAGAUUAAUGGAGUUCAACAAUAUCCUCAGCCAUCACCUGUCCAACACCAACAACAAUAUUCUGUUCAAAAGCAAAUACAACAGCAGCAGCCGCCAAUUCAACAUCAACCAAAACCUGUAUUUCAACAACAAACACAUUUUAAAUACCAACAACCAAAAUCACAACCUCCCGUUCCUGUCAACACUCAACAACACUCUGUACACCAAGCCCCUCAACAACAGCAACAACAGCAUCAACAGCAAGCACCUCAGCCAUACAGACAGCCACAACAACAAUCACAACACGUACCUAAACAGCAGUCUCAGCAAAACUACCAGCCAGCUCCACAACCUUAUAUACAGCAGCAACAAUACCAGCAAGUACCGGUAUCACAACAUCAGCAAGCAGUCCAGUCAGCACCACAACCAUAUAUACAGGCGCAACAAUCUCAACAAGUACCGUUACCACAACAUCAGCAAGCAAUCCAGUCCGUACCACAGCCAUAUAUACAGCCGCAACAAUCCCAACAAGUACCGGUACCACAACAUCAGCAAGCAAUCCAGUCCGUACCACAACCAUAUAGACAAACACAACAGUCUCCCCAAGGAGGCCACCAACAAUAUAGACCCCAACCUAACACUAAUCAAAGACCAACUAAUCAGAAUCCUGCUUAUGCUCCUCAACAAUAUCAAAAUCCUUAUCCAGUGAAUACCUCCAAUCAGAUACCACAUAUUCAACAAGGAUCUGUACAGCCAUACCAUCCGAAUGGUUAUCAGGCGCAAGACCAACAGUACCCUCAAUACCAGAAACAGUGGUCUCCUCCACAAGCUCCCGCACCAGUGCCAGCUUAUCAACAGCAUCAGGAACAAAGACGUCCACAACCUGCUCCACAGCCUGCUCCACAGCCUGCACAUGUCUUUGUUGAUCCACGUCCAAUAUACGUCCCUCCUGCACCAGUACCAUUAACAACCACGACUCCCGUUCCUCCUCCCCCUACAUGUUAUGAUCAGGACAAAAAUUGUAAACAUUGGGAAGUUUAUUGUACAAGUAACCCGUAUGUUCACGAUCAUUGUCGGAUGACAUGCAGUACGUGCACUAUACCAAUGCCACCAAUAGUGCCAGAAAAGGGAAUUCACACAACUGCCUCUCCAACGACAACUCCUCAGUCGUCUUUAGUUCCUUCUAAUCCACCGUCUACAAUUACAGUUAGAACUGAUCAUCAAAGAAAUCCAAAUAGACAUCCACCAAGUAGAACCCCACCACCACCAAUGCACAAUACAUAUCCUACAACAACAGCAGCAUAUUAUCCACAAACGACAGGGUUUAACCAGCAACAAGCAGCAACUCAAAUACCUGGACAAGGUACACAAGGUGUUCCUGGAUUCGGACUAUGUACAGACUUCGAUAAACGAUGCAAACAGUGGGCUCAAUAUUGUGGAAUAGACGAAUAUGUGGAUGAUAUGUGUCGAUUAACUUGUAUCACAUGUCGUUAGUGCAAUUAACUCUCUAAAUCUGUCUUUUGUUGUAUACUUAAUGUAUACAGUUCGUGCAAUAUGUUUCACCGUAAACAUGUGAUCGGUGUUUUUGCACGUUUUAUGUUGAGGGAUUUUUAUUUUAAAGUUUUAUGCCGUGGUUAUGUCACCUUCCACGUAAUUUAUUCUUCAAUCAAUAUUUGAAUGAAGGUAUAAAUGACUUAUUUGAACUUGGAUAAACACUGUGACAUUACUCCAUACGUUAUGUUUUAUGAUGCGAAGCCUGAAAUCUGUUGGUGAAAUUAAAUAAGCGAACUUCUUCUAUUCCGAAACGCAUUGUUAGUGCAAUAGUCAACAGUUCUAGUAUUUGUUUCAGAGUAUUGAGACAACUUAUGUGUGGUCCCAUUGAAACCCAAGUCACAAUGUACAAUUGUCAUACUUAUUCAAUUUUCAAAAUUUGUGCAAAGCGUUUUGCAGUACUAUUAUAAAUGUACUUUAAUCAGUCAAUUUCCAGGCUAUUUUACAAUGUGAUUUUUUAGUUCGAAUCCAUGACGAAUAAAUGUU